AUGCAGACGGUGGCGCUCCUCCUUGUGGUGGGGUUGGUGGACCUGAGCUUCAGCCAGCAUUUCAACCAGUUCCAGUGGCUGUCCCAUCUGCGAAGCCGCCGCCGCCACCCAGCAGAACAGUGGACAGGCCGUGAGAGCGAGGACUGCCCCCUCGAGUGUGACUGCCCCUCUGCCUUCCCUACAGCCAUGUACUGUCACAGCCGCAACCUACAGCACAUCCCCUAUGUCCCCUCGCACAUAAAGUAUGUUUACCUUCAGCGCAACCAGAUCACAGGCAUCCAGGACGGGGUGUUUGACAAUGCCACCAACCUGAUGUGGGUUGUGCUGUUCCACAACCAGCUCAGCUCGGAUAAGAUUGGCAAGAACAUCUUCAGCAAGCUGAAAAACCUGGAACGCCUCUACUUGGAUCACAACGAACUUACUCGUGUGCCUGCUAACCUGCCCAAGUCUAUCAGGGAUCUACGACUUGGCCACAACAAGAUCUCAAAAAUCCAGUCCAAUUCAUUUGAGGGGAUGACCAAUCUCACCAACCUCCAUCUUCAUGCAAAUGUCAUCGAGGAGGUUGGAGGAGCGUUCAAGGGACUCAAGUCGCUGACCACACUUAACAUGAGGAAAAACAAGCUGCGCAAGAUUCCCGAUAACCUCCCUGAGAGGUUGCAUCAGCUCUACCUGGAGUUUAACAGCAUAGAGAGUAUACCAGCAGACUUUCUCAACAUGUAUCCCAAACUACAGUUUCUCAGGCUGGCCAACAACAAGCUUACAGAUAAAGGGAUUCCAGCCAAUGUCUUCAAUGUCAGCAAGCUUGUUGAGCUUGAUCUCUCCCACAAUAAACUGGAAAGGAUCCCUGUUGUCAGUGGUAGCCUGGAGAAUCUCUACUUACAAGCCAACCAUAUCAAAGAGUUUUCCCUUGGCAGUUUCUGCAGUGUGGUAGACAUGACUAACUAUUCCAAGUUGAGAGUGCUGCGUUUGGACGCCAAUAAUAUCACUGCCAAAGACGUUCCUCCUGAAAUGGCCUACUGUCUACGCCAUGUGGCCUACAUGGACGUGUAA